UUUCCCCACCACAUUAUUUUGCCUUCUCCUACUUCCACAAAAAUGGGCAUUUUCCCCCACAACCACUAUUGAGUAGCUCCAAAUUUUGUAUAUGUAGCUCUUUUUAAUGCAAGAAUUUGAUUCCUCUUCAUUCUUCAAUAACUCCAAUGUAUUCCUUAGCUCAACACAAGUAUACACCAAACUUCCACCACCAAGUUUGCAAGAACCAUCCACCCCGUCACCCGUCUCGAGUACAUUGUUCUACCACAACCACUACCACCACCACCUCUAGGUCUAAGUCCAAUGCUAAGUCAUUGGUCAUUGAGACCCGGCUCGUGCCGGUGCCGCCAAUGCCAACGGUCGUUACCACUGAGAUCCACCGUCCAAUGAACAAUGACCCAAGUUUGCAAUCAACAUGGUCUCAUAGAGCUUGGGUGGCAGCUGGAUGCUCAACUUUGGUCAUUUCCUUGGGAGAGUCCAUAAAGGGUGCUAUUGAUUUGAACAUGUGGGUUGAGCCCAUUGUGGCAGGUUGGGUUGGAUACAUCUUAGCUGAUCUUGGAUCAGGGGUUUACCAUUGGGCCAUCGACAAUUAUGGCGAUGGCUCAACCCCAAUUGUUGGGGCUCAAAUUGAAGCCUUUCAAGGCCACCACAAGUGGCCUUGGACCAUCACUAGGCGUCAAUUUGCUAACAAUUUACAUGCAUUGGCACGUGCAGUGACCUUGGCAGUGCUUCCUGUAGUCCUUCUUUGCCAUGACCCUAUUGUUGAAGAAUUUGUUGUGGUGUGCUCAGGUUGCAUCAUGUUUAGCCAACAGUUUCAUGCAUGGUCACAUGGCACUAAGAGCCGGCUUCCGCCACUCGUGGUGGCAUUACAAGAGGCCGGCGUGUCACGGUGGCAACAUGCCGCACACCACCGGGCACCAUAUAACAAUAACUAUUGUAUAGUGAGUGGAGUGUGGAAUGAGUUUUUGGAUAAGCAUAAGGUCUUUGAAGCCAUGGAAAUGGUAUUGUAUUUUAAAACAGGAGUUAGGCCAAGGUCAUGGAGUGAACCUGCCCCUGAGUGGGUUGAGGAGAUUGAGACUCCUUCUCAAAUCCAAAUCCAAACCCAAUGAAUGAUGUUUAUUCUCUUCUCCAUUUAUUUUUAAACCAUUUAUAACACACAUGUGUCAAUGUAGCUUUUGGGUAAUGUAAAUUACAUUAUAUUUAAAUUAUAAAGCUUGAAAGGUUAAAUAUAUGAUAGAGGAAGUCUGUUCUUUCUUAA